AUGGUUGCAAUGGUGGCUCCACCGCAGGGCACGCCAUUUGACGACCAGUGGGCACAGCUUGUCAGUCGGCCGAUGAUGAUAGCAUCUCAAGACGACUCACACUCCAACUAUCUGAAACAUCUUUACCUGCUUCAUCGUUCAUUUCACUUCUCUUUCUCUUCCUUUUCUUUUGGUGUAUUUUUCCUUCCUCUGAAUUUUCUCCGUUUACCGUUCUUCCUCUCACUUUUUUCCUUUUUCUCUCUCUCUCUCUCUAUCAUUUUUCAAACACUCAAUUUUCUUUGCUUUCACUUUUCUAUCACUUCUGUCUCUAUCUUUCCUACGUUCCCCGUUUCCCAUCUUUCGUCAUCACUCUCUUUUUUCUAUUUCAUUCCUUUCUCUUUUCGCUCUCAAUUCUUUCUCUCCUUCUUACUACUCUCACCUCUCUAUCUCAUUUUUUCUCUCUCUCUCUCACUUCCUUCUUUCUGUCUUUCGCAUUCUUAUUUCUGUAUCCCUUUUUUUUCUCUCUUGUUAUUCAUCUUUCAUUCUCUCGAUUUUUACUCUCCUUUCAACCUUUCUCUUUCUUUUAAUAUUAUCUCGUCAUUCCUUUUAAUUCUCAUUCAACUCUCUCUCUCUCUCUCUCUCUUUCUUCUCUUUUCCUCCUCUUUCGUUAUUCCUUAUUCACUUCCUUUCCACUUUGUUUUCAUUCCCUCCUCUCACUCUUUCAUCAUCAUUCUUAUUAAUCAUUUUUACUCUCCUUUCACUCUCUCUCUCUCUCUAUCUCUCUCUUUUCUUUCUCCCCAAAUUGUUAUUACCGGCUUUUUCCCCCGCUGUCCUUUCCUAUUUUCUUCUUCUUCUUUUUUCAACUUCAGUCACAACGCAAACCAUUCCAGUUUUUUUCUCAUUUAUAAAUUCUUUCUUAAACCACAUUUACGUGACGUCUGGCGUCUUUUACUUAUACGAACAGCUGAUCACUAA